ACCUUAUUUUCGGUGUUAAAAUAACACUUCCGAGCUAAAGUUUGAUGCAGACACUUUUAACACCGAAUUCAGUGUUAAAAUAACACUCACUUUUUUCUGUGAAUAAUCUUUAAGAUGAAAACUAUUGGCAGAAUUUUAGAAAGAAGAUAAAAAUUCGUAAGAGCAGACACGGUAUAUUUGUAGCAGAUUUAAUAUCAUCGUGAGAUUAUUGGAGUUGAGAAUUCGAUUUCCCGGGAAAUUGCUUGAUAUCUUUGAUAAUUAGAGAUAUGCUGCUGUGAUGCUGGGACCACGUGAUGAUGAUGUUGACUCUAGAGACCAUGCAACUCGACUAUAAAUUCCAUUGUCCCAAUUAUUAUCAACAUAAAUACAACAAGUAAAAGAAAAAUUUUUUCCAUCAAAAAAAAAAAAAAAAAAACUAGAAAUUACACUGGAUCCCUCCUUGCUCCAAAGGAUGCUGAUUAUCAAGAAUCAUCUCAAAGAAGAAAUUAUUUUGAAAUAUCAAAUCUUUCAAAAUACACUGAUUCCCCAUUUUCACAUUACUUCCAUUAACAUUAAAAGUAAUUUACAAAAUAAUUUGCAAAAUAUUUUUCUCCCUUUCAAUUCAUUUCAAUCCGAAAAUAACAACUGCUCUAUUUCAAACCAUAAAAUAAUAAAUUUAACGGAUUAUUCAAGAAAUUUAUUUAGUGCGAAAAGCAAAAUUAAUUCGCGUGGCGAAAAUAAUUUUACGAUCAAAAAUAACAGUACUAAUAAUAGUAAUAAUAAUAAUAAUAAUGAUAAUGUGUCAAACGUCAAUAAUACUUGGAGUAAAAAUAAUAUCGCGACUAUCAAUAAUUCAUUGAUCAAGAAGAGGAAGAAUAAUAUAAAAAGUUAUAAAUUUAUCAGUAAUGAAUUAAUUUGGCAAAAUUUUCUAAAGAAAAAUCGUGAAUACUACGAGAACGUUAAGAGGAAAAUUAAAAUUGUUUGGAAAUUUAUUGAAAAUUCAAAUUUAUUGGAAAUUCAAAUUCAAGUAGAAAUAUUGAUGGAUGAAAAUAUGAAAUGUCGAGAGAAUGGAAGUAAUUUAAAUAAUGUCGAUUUGUUGAGAAAUUUUCGUUCAUGGAUUUUAAGGAUGUUACUGAGAUAACGGAAUUUUUGUACACAUUUGACCCGAUGAUGAAAUCAAUGAGAGAGCGAGAGAGGGAGCGAUGAGAGGGAAAAAGAGAGACGAUUUCUAAAUCCAAUGGCUUACAAAGUGCAUUUUUUCACAAGCUUACUCUUUUCAUAGAAAAAUUUCACUCUGUUAUAAUAAUUCCAAGAGAAAAAGAAAACGAAAAACAAGAACGAGAAAAAGAGAAAGAGAGAGAAAAUUAAAUUAUAUUUUUCCCCCUGAAAAAAAAAAUUAAAUCUUCUCCCAAGAAACUUGCGAAAAUCACUUGCGAUUUGUUUGAAAUUUGCUUGAAAAAUAAAGAAGAAUAGAGAGAGAAAGAGGAAAGGAAAAUCAUUUUCAAAAUAUAUUUCAAUUAAUUAAGAAGGUUUUUGAUCAAUUCUCGCGACUGUGAUCUAAACACUAUAAAUACAGUAUAAGAUAUAAUAACGAUCAUUCAUUGUGAUACUAACGGUUAACAUUAUUAUUUAUUAUUACAAAAAAAAUAAUAAUAAUUACACUAGAAACAAAUCGAUCGUGUGGUAAACAAUUCUAUUUCCCCCAUUUUCAAAAAGUGAGAACUCAAAAAUAUCGAGUUUUCGGAUAAUUUUUCUUUUUUUCAAUCGGGAGGUGGUAAAUUUUUUAUUUUCAAACGAGAGUGAUCAGCAGGAUUUGUACAACGAAUUUUCGGCCCUGGAUCCAAUUCUCAAUUGUGUUUCAAAUGGCAUUCAGCCAGAAGACACUUUUAAGUCAACUUUAAAUUCACCUGAACUUCAAGCAACGGGAAAAAAAGAAAAUGAAAAAUAGUGAUUUUUAACGCGACAUAAAAAAAGCCCAGAAGAACAAAAGUGAUUGAAUUGGUGUUUUUUUUUUAUUUACAAAAGAAAACCGUGUGUUGAAUAAUUGGAGAAAGGAGAAAAUUAAUUGAAAUUAGUUUCUAGUGUGAUAAUAAUCAGAGUAAACCGCCCCCUGAUUAGAGGGGGGUGGGUAAAGUUGUCGUCAGAGUGGGUGCCGGUGCGGCUUGGGCGCGCCUUGCCCGUCGGCUCGCCCGCAGACUAGCACGUCGCUUCGUUGAAAUUUUGGGCCCAUUCCCGGGACAAGUAGGGCUGGCUACUUCGGGCCAAGCACACGGCGCCGCUGGGGUGGCCCAGGGGGGGGAGCAGUUCAACGCUCCCCCCACCACCGAGCGCCAAAUCACCCCGCCCACCAGUUCCAGCGCCACCUGGACCUCCAGCCGCACGAGGGUGCGUGCCAUGUCGAUGAGGUGUCUUCAUCGGCGAGUAUCUCAUCCUUGUCACGGUGCUGAGAGCAGACAUGCCGCAAAACAUGAAAAACGUCCGUCGCAGAAGCUCGAAACCUCCUGGCCAUUCUCCCUGGAGGGAGAGGGAGGAGGUCGGGGUGCUUCAGGGGGUGGUGGGGGCGGGGGUGGGAGGCGGGCACCCAGCCUUCGUCUCGUAAACGGAAGAGCAACAACGGGAGUAGGUUUACACACGAGCAGUACAGAGUCUGUUCGUUCACCCCAUCACCAUCUUGAUCAUCUUAAUAACAAUAACAAUAAUAACUUUCAUAAUUCCACCAAUAAUCAUCCGCGACUGAAUAAGGAUGAUAGCAUCAAAAUCAGCAUCGAAAACACCAAUACCUGCACCGACAGUCUCGUCACUGCUUUAGACGACGAGACUCUUCUUAUUACCGACUUCCUCGCCGACACAAGCAACGACAUGAAUUACAAAGGAAGUGGUAAAGUCCAUUUCGGGGUGGACGAUGUCUCCCUGUAUGGCACACCGAAGGAGGAGUUGGGUCCUGGACUUCCGGGUCAGGAAGUCAAACAGAGCUUCCUUAAAAACCAGUUACAGGCCCUUUUCCAACCGACGGAUAACAAGCUUGCCAUGAAACUCUUCGGCAGUAAGAAAGCUCUUAUGAAAGAAAGGAUCAGGCAAAAGGCUGCAGGUCACUGGGUUAUACAUCCUUGCUCUAGUUUUCGAUUUUAUUGGGACUUAUGUAUGCUGCUCCUGCUAGUAGCUAAUCUAAUAAUUCUACCGGUCGCCAUUAGUUUUUUUAAUGACGAUUUAAGCACCCGGUGGAUAGCCUUCAACUGCCUUUCCGAUACGAUAUUCCUCAUAGACCUCGUUGUCAACUUUAGGACUGGUAUAAUGCAACAAGAUAAUGCUGAACAGGUGAUACUGGAUCCUAAGUUAAUCGCGAAACACUAUCUCAGGACUUGGUUCUUUCUCGACCUCAUCUCCUCCAUACCUCUAGAUUAUAUUUUCCUCAUAUUUAAUCAAUUUCAGGAUUUCAGCGAGUCCUUCCAGAUUUUGCAUGCAGGUCGUGCUCUUAGGAUCCUCAGGCUCGCCAAGUUAUUAUCACUCGUUAGGUUACUUCGAUUAUCGAGACUGGUGCGGUACGUCUCGCAAUGGGAAGAGGUCUAUAUCCCCCUUUACCAACAGCCGGAGAGACACUACGAGCGUCGAACUACACCGCCCCAACCAGACAGAACCAGCAAGAUAUUGCAGAACCUACAAAAAAAACGCACUGAGCGGAGGGGGCGCCUAAGCUCUGACAAUAUGAAUAAAAAGAAGUCCGGUUUCAGCAAAAGCGACCUUAUUUUUAAGUUCCUGAAUAUGGCGUCGGUGUUUAUGCGGAUAUUUAACCUGAUCUGCAUGAUGCUCCUCAUUGGUCAUUGGAGUGGCUGUCUACAAUUCCUGGUACCAAUGCUUCAAGGCUUUCCCAGCAAUUCAUGGGUUGCCAUCAACGAGUUGCAAGAUUCGUUUUGGUUGGAGCAAUAUUCGUGGGCAUUGUUUAAAGCCAUGUCACAUAUGUUAUGUAUAGGUUACGGAAGGUUUCCACCGCAAUCGUUAACCGACAUGUGGUUAACGAUGCUGAGCAUGAUCAGUGGUGCAACGUGUUAUGCACUAUUUCUUGGUCAUGCGACGAAUCUCAUUCAAUCACUAGAUUCGUCGAGAAGACAAUAUCGAGAGAAGGUGAAACAAGUAGAAGAGUAUAUGGCCUACAGAAAAUUGCCGAGAGAAAUGAGACAGAGGAUAACGGAAUAUUUUGAACAUCGUUAUCAGGGAAAAUUCUUCGACGAGGAGUUAAUUCUUGGCGAAUUAUCAGAAAAAUUAAGAGAGGAUGUUAUAAACUACAACUGCAGAUCGCUCGUUGCAUCUGUACCAUUCUUCGCAAAUGCGGAUUCAAACUUUGUAUCGGACGUCGUCACAAAGUUAAGAUACGAGGUUUUCCAACCAGGCGAUAUUAUAAUAAAGGAAGGUACAAUUGGCUCGAAAAUGUAUUUCAUUCAGGAGGGUAUUGUAGAUAUAGUUAUGGCGAAUGGAGAGGUGGCAACAUCACUGUCGGAUGGCUCUUAUUUUGGGGAAAUUUGCCUCUUAACAAAUGCGAGGCGAGUCGCUUCAGUUCGAGCUGAGACCUACUGCAAUCUCUUCAGCCUCUCGGUGGAUCAUUUUAACGCUGUUUUGGACCAAUAUCCAUUAAUGCGACGGACCAUGGAGAGCGUUGCCGCCGAGAGGUAUAAACUUUGGUUAAAUAAAAUUGGGAAGAAUCCUAAUUUAGUAGGGCAUCGUGAAGAGGAUCUUGGCAGCGAAUCGAAGACCAUAAAUGCUGUCGUAAAUGCUCUUGCGGAACAGGCAGCUCACGCAAGUGCUAGCGAAGAAUCGGUGCACAGUUUGGAGCUGAGAACAUUACCAGGGAGUUUGCUUCCCAGGCCAAAGUCUGAAAACAAUUUUGCAAGCCAAGACCUCACGAGGGAAGGGCGAAAAAUCUUCCACAAAAGCGACACUUUCCACAAAGACUCGUAUCAAUGACGACACUCGAUUUACUAGCAAACACAGAGGUACUAAAGGCCCAUUCAAGACUUAUUUUUUUUUUCUUUCUUUUUGGUGCCUUUGUCAAAAAUUCAUGUACCUCACUGUGAUGCAAUAAUGAACUAAUUUUAAUCAAUUUGACUCGAGAAGUGCAAGUGAACGCUCGUCAAAACUCUAGUUCUCUAAAAACAAAAUCAGUAUUAGAGUUGACUAUCAAUUUUUUUUUUGGGAACAAUUUUUAUCUCAUCAAAAAGUUCUUCACCUGGACCCCAAAAGAGGAAACACUGACGAAAAAAUACAAACAUUCCCAAAAGUGAAUUUUAUCGAAAUAGAAAAUCGUCGAAAAACUUUUUAAGUGGCCUAUUUGUAUAUUGGCAUUUAUGCUUUUCAAACACAACAAAAAAAUUAAAGAGCAAAAUUAAAGAGUUACGAUGUAAAAAAAGUGAUGAUAGUUUACCUGUGAAAGUUGCAUUUUACGAAAGCUACAAAUUCUACCGUUUAGUGUAAAAAAAACCAAGGGAUAAGAUAAAAAUCGUAGCCUAGAAAUGAAUUUACAUUAUAGAAUGAAAAUUCACUUUUCUAUAUCUACAAAAAAAAAAAUUGUAAAUAAUUUACUAGAGAAUCAACGACAACUCAAAAUAGCAGUACUUUCACAGAGUUUAGACGCGAUUUAAAAACAAAAAACCAUUUCUUCGAUUAUUCGAAAAUUCUUAUAUUUUCUCGUCGUCAUCAUCAAAUACUCGAAAAAUCCAUUAAAUCUCAAAAAAAAAUAUUAUAAAAAAAAAAAUGUCGCCGAGCAGAACAUUUUCGUCAAGUUUAGUGAACUAUGAAUACUGAUGAGCGUGUGAAUUAAAAAUGAAUAAAAAAAUUAGACGAUCCUUCUCGUUACGAAGUAAAGUAGGCCUAGGAAUUAUAAGCGAAUACUGUGUCCAACGUGGAUCUAUUCCUAAUAUGUGAGAAAAAAAAAUAAUCGACGCGUAAAAUUGUGAUUUUUCCAGAACAGAGUUUCAUAUCUUAGAAAAGAAAAACGAUUUGCGUUUAGUUUCGAAUAAAAAGAAAAAAAACAAAAUGAAAUAAUUUUUAGACAAAACGAGAUUGAGUGCGAGUUAUCGCUUUUUAUUAGUCUCUCGAACUGAUCUUUUAGAAUAAUUAAUUAACUUCUUAUUUAAUCAAGAAUAUGCAUAUAUAUUAUAUAAAAAUAUAGAAAUAAAAUAUUUCAGGGAAACUGUUCAAAAUUCUUAAAUGGCCACAAAAUGAAGUUAUUUUUCUCUUUUUAUUUUUCCAACGAAAAAGAAAUUUCAUUUAUUUAUUUUUAUAAAAUAAAUAACGCCCGCACUUUUGUACUAAAAGUCUAUUUUUACUACUAAAAAUAUUGAGAGAAAUUUUCAUUCUCUAUUUUCUUUUUCAUUUUUAAAAACUUUUAUUAGAAAAAAUAAAGAAAUGAAUAUAAUUAUUUUCAAUGUAAAAUUAUCUCAAAAGUGUGAAAAUCUUUUUCGAAAAUUAAAUUAAACAUUCAAUCGAGUAUUUUAAAUUUAUUUUAAGUUUAUUUAAAAUUAGUUAAAUAAUUUUAAUACAAAAUUAAAAAGGUAACUUCAAUCAAAUUCCAAUUACAAUAGUUGAAAUUUAAUGAACAAUUAAAAAGCACAAAAUUCAAUUUUAAUUUAAAAUUAUUUUGAAUUUAAGUAUUCAAUUCAAGUGCUAUAAGCGAUAAAUAAAGUAGAUUAUUUUUUUGAAACAAAACUACAGUUCCCUCAUUAUUUUUCAAUUUAAAAAAAUCAACUUAAAAAUUUUUAUACUAUACUCAAAUUGUUCAAACGAACAUAUUUUACAAAAUUUCAUAAAAAUAAUCCCACAAAUAUUAUUUUUAGGGAAAAAUAACUUCACUAAUGAUCAAAUAAUAUUCAGAACUGGCUUUUCUGUUUUAAUAUUUUCAUUAAAAGAGAAAAAAAAAGUUCACAACAUUAUACCACAGAAAAUAAAAACAGUGAUAUUAAACCUAAAGAAUAUUUUCAGUUUUGAGUGAAUUUUAGUUUCAAGGGUGAAAUCAGGGUAAGAUAAUAUGAGAAAAUGAAAAACAAGUGAACAACUCCGAGUCCAAAGACUUGUUAAAUUGUUGAAUGUUUUUUGGACUUUUGAGUUUUUGACAUCAGAAAAAGAAAAAAACAUUCAGACAAAAUAGAAUUCAAAGAGAGAAAGAGAGAGUGAGAAA